AUGAUAUUUGUUUUAGUCGCGUGUUUGGUGACAAGUGAUGUAGAUUCUUACUUUCUCUCUAUUCUGUGCAUAAGAAUAAUGAAGUCCUGAUGAUUUGAUUGAUGAUAUUUGAAUUCACUAUGUGUAGUUGAUAAACUCGAUGAUAAUGCACAUGACGGAAAUCUCGAAAAGCUAUUUGAACAUCACAAUUAGAUCAUCGUCCUCCAUCAAUCAUUUCAGCUUUCUUCAUUCACUUUGCUCAUUAUCUCCCACUUAAAACAUGAAGGAUCCGUGCAUGCGUGAGUAGGUGAGAAAUAGUCGUCGAUCAAAUGUCCAGUAUCUCUCGGGUUACCGUUGGCGUUCCACUUUGAAAAAAAAAAAACAGGAACAGCAAGUUUUCUACAGCUACUACAUCUUCUUUAAGUCUGACCAUUAGUUUUCAUCAUCAUCUUUUGCGAGACGAUGGAAAAAUGAGGAAAGUACAUGUGACCGCUCCCACGGAAUCCCACUCCCCAUGUAUUAAAUGGAUAGAUUGAACUAUUUGGUUCAUCAUGUUUAUGGUUUUUUUUUUAUUUUCUUGGGGUUCUCUGCAAUUGCGGCUGAAGUGCCGCGGAAAAUUGAUGGCGAUCUACGCCGAGAGAAAUUUCUAUUAAUAUUUAUUCUGAGGCUCCAGUAAUCGUGCAACUCACUGCGUUGUUAGAAAAGAAAUUGAAAUUUCAUUGAUAAUUUAAUAGUAAUUUUCCUGAGAGAGACGUUGAAUUUUAUAGAGAAAUGAAAAGAUAUAGAAAUUCACAUUUCAUAGCACAUGUUUGAAUCUGAAUGUUUCUGCUGCAUUAAAUCAUUCAAACAAUUGCAAUUGAAUCAUAAUUUGUACUUAACAAAUUUGUGAUUUAAAAUCCACGAAAAAUUAUCAUAUUGUUACUGGACACUUCUUCGACAAGUCCCAUUGUUAUUGGAAAUUCUCGUAUAAAGACUGCGCCCUAGGGUGCAUUCAAAAAUUUUCCUCCCCUCCUCAAGUCAUUAAUAAUUUUCUCAAGAAAAGUGAUUCGAUAUCCGAGUGAAACCACUUGAAAAUCGACAAGAAAAAUAAUUAAUUCAGCCACACGACUCGUAAAGUAUCACCCCAUCAGAAUUAAUUCCACCUCAUCAUCAGGUGUAAUCGGUCUGCACAAUGAUUAAUCCCCUCGAUUACCAUAACUUCCAAUUAACUGAAAAUUGUAUAUCCUCAAUGUUCUUCAUCCCGACGAAAAAAAUCACCUCAUUACUCUCAUUUUCCAGUCUUUCCAAUGAUAAACAGUUUCAUCAGAGAAAGCGGAUAAAUCCUGCAUGAUGCUUUCUACGGAACGUCGAGAUAAUGCCGAUUUGUCUGUUAUUUAAUUUUUUAUAAAAAAAUAAUCGAGUGCGCAUUAACAUAUUGAUGAAGAUAAUUCAAGUACGAGUACUGCCCACGAUUGCACGAUGCCCUCAUGCCGAUCUCGGUCCCCAGUCUAAUACAAUAUAAUGCUCCAUUAUUUUUUCGUACCACAAUUUUUAUCGUGCGAAUGCAGAGAGGGAUAUCGAGUACUCCGUGACGUUGGUAACAUUCGAUAAUCAUCAUUGGCAAACCCAAAGGCUGUUCCCCGGGUCACGUCCAAUUCUUGUCCUGCAUUAUAUCCUUUCGUUCUAAAUCUGAGGUUAUUAAAAGCUGUCUCGAGAGCCGAUCGUUUACGAUAUCAUCGCGGUAUAAACUCGGCGCAGUAUUAUUAUCGCACGUCUCGAAAUCACCGAGUUCUACUUCCGUAUUGGAAUGGAUAUCCAUUGCAAUCCAGUGAUUAUCAUGAAUUGGUUGAGUUGAAAAUAGGGUAACUGAUGAAAUUGCUAUGCAUGGAGUCGCCAGCUUUCGCAUUUUUAUUUUUUCCGUCUCUAACGUGUCAUCGCUUGAGUGAGAAUUUUGUUAAACGAGAUUUUACGAUCUCAAAAAUGUUAUUAUACAUUUUUUUCAUACGCUGAUAAUUUUUUUAUGAUGAAUCAGCGUUAUUUUUAUUAUAUCGGUCUAUCGCGAAAAUUCAUAAACCUAGAAAAUAAUGAUAAAAAUAAUGAUUGCUGUGGGGAGGGGGGUACAGUAAUCUUCUUAUUUUUCAACGAUUCGUCCCACAGAAUCUGCCUCCCAUGUGACCUGCAUAUAAUCCCAUAUGAACCUGACAACAUGAACAAAAUAAAGAAGUAACGAGAGUCAUUAAUUCUUAGUGGCGUCAUUAAGGUCAGAAAUAAGGACCAGAAUUAGGGUAAAAUGUUAUAAUCAGGAAGAUUUCUUAAAUUAAAAAUAUUUAAAGGGCUCUAUUUUUCCAUCACUCAUGAAUCUUUCCAGUAUCUUUUUCUUCUUCCAUUUGUAUGUGGAUAUCUAUAUGUAUAUACCAGGGAGACCGAGUUUUCCAGGUGAUUACAUAUGCGGAGUACGUGUCCAAGGUAUUCUCGAUAUACAACGGUUAGCAUUGAGACCCGGUUACACGUCGUGUUUAUCUUUAAAGGAAACACUGGUCGGUAGCUUUUGGAUACAAGCAUUAUGGUUUGUCCCUUUUGUCCCCGGGGGCUUUUAUACGCGUCUGUCUAAUUUAUCGACAUGCACAAUCGUUAAAGUUGAAUUAUAGCCAAACGGUACUUCUCACAUCAAUAUGCCCUCCCUCCCUCCCUCCCUCCCGCCGUUCCUUCUGCCUAGGGAUUAUUUGGAUUCAAAUAUUUCAGGGUCAUUAUUGCUGGUUUAUCGUGGAUGCCAUCAUUCCAAUGGUUAAUGUCAUUUCUGUGUCGGAACUAUUUUGAGGUUAAGGUGAUUGCAAAUUUUCUGAGAUGUAAUUACGAUGGGGCGAACGGUUGUCGCCGGUAGCGCGUGAAUCGAAUGAUACAAAUGACGUGUUAUCGGUAAUUAUGUUGUUGCAAGUGUCACUUGUUGGGUAACACCUUGGCGGAAAUUAUUGCAUCAAUCGUGAAUUGGGAAUAGGGUAAUUCAGUAGCGCAGGGUGAUGAACCGGUUUUCAUCGUGAAUGAUUGGAGAUCGAUAGAGUUGAAUGUAAUAUUUUUUUCAACUUCAAAUUCGACAGGAAAUUUCGUUGAAUUUCUCUCGAAAAUUCUAUCAGUCACUCUACAAUAUUGUUAAACUAGUUUUUAGUGUUUUUCACAUUAACAAUAAUUCGGUGAAAAGUCGUUAAAUUGGCCAGUAAAAUAAAUUCUGUAGAGAAUUCAACAUCAUCGAGUUCUCCGUGAAGUUUUUAAUGAGCUUUUAGCUGUUGUACCAAGUUGUUCAUUUCCAGACAAUUUAUUUGUCUGAAAAGAAUUGUUUUCGCUAUGCCCAAGUAAUUUUUCAUGUUAACGUGGAGAACAGUAAAUUCCACAAAGUAUGAAGUAUGAAAUGAAAAAUAAUUUCUCUUCAUGUGCGUAACAAUUACAAACAACUGCAGUCAGAGAAAUAAUUUGUAGAAUAAUUCUUCAUAGAGAUGAAAAAGUGAUUGGGUAGUACUGCACUUGAACACCAUCACCUAGUGGACGUGCGUCAAGUGGGAGUGGUUCUGGAGUCAACGCAUAUAGUGCGCAUGUGAACGAGACGGUGAGGUCCACGACACAUGGCUCGUAAAUCUCGUGAUCCAGUCGUAAAUCAAGUGCAUAUUUUCCUCGCAUUCGAGGGCUCACGUGGAGAUUCCUCGAAGACUACCCGACAUACGCUUUUGUAUCGGUACUCACUAGGGCCUGACUAGGCUGGGACUAGGCGUGACUAAAGCCCGUGUCUCGGGGCGUUGGAAGAAUUUUUCACGCUCACUCCCUAGAAAACUGGUCAAUCGAGGGGGACCAAGGGGAGAAAGACUCAUUUGAUUUUUCAAAAUGAUGACUCCAAUUUUCGAACACUAGCUGAAUCCUCGACGAGAGAGAGAAUUGAAGCUACUACACGUGGGCGAAUCGACGGCACGCGCCUCUUACAUCCUGAUUGGGCAUUUCUGUACGAAUAGUCCCACCAGAACGACCCACGUUCACCACGUAUAAGCGUCUUUGCCAGUUCGAUGGCUAUUUGUUAUUGAUUACGUUGUCAUCAAUAAAAAUGGCAAUGAAGAGGGGGAAUUCCAAAGGUAUAAGAAUGAUGAGAAAUUUGGCCAACGGUAUAAUGUUCAAGAUGAGGUUCUACGCAGUCCUAGCUGCUCUUGCGUUUGUCUUCAUCAACUGCGCCGAGGCGAAUAAUGCUGCCAAUUUGGUGGAAGAUUCCAUCACGAAUACCAAGAGAAUUCUUCAGGAAUAUAAACUCCACUUGAAAGAUAUUCAGCGCUAUUUUAUCGAUCUUUACCAAUUCAGAAAGGAAAAUGCGAGUAUUGUUGCUGAUUCUAGUGUUCAGGAACUACAACCCCAAUUCGAGGAUGCUAGUGGACUAGGAAAAGACACAGACAAAUGUCUUAAAGCUUUGAAUGUAGUCGUUCAACACGCCCUGAAUAUUCACAUGGACACAACGAGACUGUGUGAGGACGCAAAUCUGCCCAAUUUCAUAGCUUAUCGGCGUCAAGUUGACGAGUUGCUGAAAGAAGGUGAUGGAUUCGAAUCUCAAAUCCAGAUGAAUAUUGACAAUUGUAAGAAUGAGACAGACUACGAUGGAUGUCUCACUCUUGGAGCCGAUUUACUCAAUACUUCCGCAGUGAAUUGGGCAACAAGGGUGACCAAUAUGAGACUGAAGGAGGCAGCAGACACCAUUGAAGCCAAGAAACAAAUUCCUUUGUGCGUCAACUCGUCGUUCACCAGAUUCGCAAUGCAAUUGCGCACCGUCAAUGGAAUAGCUCGAUCGUGUCUCAAUUCACUUAUGGAAACGACUAAUUAAUUUCUCUUGAUUGGGAGAAGAGUUGUUAAUGAGUCAUCUCAAUAUAAAAAUUUAAUUUGCAAGUUGCAUAAUUUUGACGAUAAAAUUAUUAUCGUGUGUUCAAAUAAUUGCGGUGAAAAUGGUCUCAAAUGAAAGAUCUAGUGAUCGAUAAUAACAACGAACAACAUUCCCUUGACCUAAAGUGGCCGAAGUAAGCGACUUCCGGUAGCGAAUGUUAUCCGAGUAAAUAAACGAAUAAAUAAAUGAACAAAUCGUUCAUGGACCAACGAAAUAAAAAUUCCAGUUUCACUUUAUUCCAUCCAUCAAAGGACAAGUGGAUUAAUUGAGUUAGUCGCUAACUUCAUGCGUAAGACCACCGCUACAUGUUCUUAUUCGAGGCGGGAAAUUCAAAGACAGCGUCCGUAGUGUGCAAUUGGGCUCGUUAUUCUACGAAAUAAUGAAUUGUGACAUCAAGAUGAUGUUAAUUGUUGUCAUUUCUAACCCUUUCCAAGACCGCCUCUUCACACGUGACUUCCCGGAAGCCCUGGGAUUCCGUGUGGUGGAAGUUCCACUGUUACUUCUUCUAACACUCCAGGUGCUUAUUAAGAGAAAAACAGGAAAUCAUCGGAGGUCUUUAGCGCCAACUCGGUUUUAAUCAUCGUCAAGAGCGUCUUGCCAUGCGCUGAUGGGUGUAAACUCGUUUCGAUCAGUCCCUUAAAUUCGGACGUCUGCUUAAAAGGCGUGUGAUACACACCGAAAAGCCGAAACCUCAUUUGACAACACCUCUCACGUACUCCUUAUAUGGAAUUCCGUUGGUUGGUAGCUAUAAAAUCACCAUAAAAUCAGUCCCCUCGUUCAUGAUUUGUAAACGAAGCUCUUGGUAAUGCGCUAUUUUUAUUUAUAUAUUUUUACCCAUUUUAUGCAUCCCAGGGCGUCAGUCUGAGACAUAAGUUAGCGCUCUCCGUUAAAAGAAUCCCCGACCGAGUACUUCAGCAGAAUUUAUUCGGUGGAAAGUGAGUCUCAACAAAUCGUAAAUAAAGUCUCAUCUUAUUUCGUUACUGUUUGCCCCCUCUGGGGGAUGGCGCUGCAGUGGGUGUUGAAAAAACGUGUUCUCGAGAGGUUGAAGAACAUACUUGGAGUAUAAAAGGCGUGUCCAGAUCGUAGAGUAAAAAGAAGACAUUUGAGAUCUACCCGUAUGCAAAAUAUUUUUUGGUUCUUCAACAGUUCUUUUGUUCGAUCCCAGCGAGAGAUAAAAAAAAAACAAUGGAGAAAUAUAUCUUCCAUGUUUUUAUUAUUUUCACUGAGACAUUUUGACAUUUAUAUUUCUCUUUCAGAGCAAAUGCUCAUGCUGGUAAGAUUCCUCACAAUUUUUAAUGGUCAAAAUGAGACUUUUGAUGCUGUAAAAUACUUGGAAAUUUAUCCCGAAGGUUAAUGCCUCUCUCAGCAUCUUCUCGGUCACUUAUUCAUUAGUUUGUCUUUUCUCAUACACGAAUAUUCACUGUGGGCAGGGGAAUCUAGUAAUUAAGGCAAUGAAAUAACCGAGGGAAUGCCAAUUAUCACGUCAAUCCAAUUGUAUACAGAUGAAAAUCGAGAAUAACACUCCCUAUUUUGGUUUUCAAUGGUAGCUAACUGUUCGGUUUAUCUUGGGAAUAGUCCGAGUGCUAUUCCCGUUCCAGAAUCCGGCAAUUAGCUGAUCCAAUUAUCGCGUCAAUCCGCAAGGAGGAGGGUCCUCCAAGGCGGCGCCUCUUGUAUUCCAGGGAUGAAGUUUUUUUUUUCUCCCAUUUCCUCUGGUCUCUUCACCAAGGUCGUCAUUACGAGGGAGUGUAAAAUGGAGGGUUUGGACUGUUACUCAAUUCUACCUGUUUUCGUAAUUAAUUGGAGGACGAGGAUACCCGGAAACUGAUUUCAUUUUUUCCUGAGGAAAAAAUAUUUCACCUUACGUCGAGGUAUGAAUUCACGUCAAGACAACAUGUCCUAUCUGCAUAUGGAUUUUUAAAGUGAACUCCUCACACUGGACAAC